AUGCUAGUUUCUCCCAGGUUUGUGAUGUUGGCCAGUCUCUUUUACACGCGUGCACCGCCCCGGGAGUUGGAUGAGACAGCGGGAAAAGGAAACAAUCCCAAAGGUGAUUUUAGAACCUAUUUGAAAGACGAAAAUACUCCAAUUUCUUUGCCUCAGCAGUCAGCUGUAACAAAUUGCACUUCUUCAUCUGGGUAUUUGACCUCUCAUAAACAGCGCCGAAAGAGUCAUUCAGGGGUAUUUAUUUCAUCUGCAGAUGUUUUCAAGAUCGCUGAUGAACCUUCAACGUCAUUUUUUGAGAGUGAGAGUACGAAAAAUGAUCCCAUUUUAGAUGAAACGGCUUUUUUGGAAAGGAUUAAACCCUUGUUUCAUGGCUGGUUAGUGAGAAGGCGUAUGAGAAGUCGCUUGGGCUGUCUAUUGAUAUCACAAAUUCUUGAAUUCAAAAACCGAAAUAGAGUUCAAAAUAAAUUAGACAGAUUAAGUGGUGAUGACAGCUCACAUAGAGCCAUUUGUAUCUCGCAUCUUGUUUCUUUUUUAGAGCAUGGAGUAAGUAAUAAAGAAGAUGAUGAGCGACAGAAAACACCGAAGAAAAAAGUUGUGAAAUUGCUAACAAAACCCAGUUUUGAGACUAAAAAGCGUUCUUCAGAUGUUAAGUUGUAUCGUCAAUUAUCGCUUCCAUUGUAUUCGUCUGAUAAAGCCAAGAUAAUAGGACAACAUAUACUUACUUCUUUACAAGAGGCAGUGGGAACAGAGGAGUCUGAUAGAGGUAACAUAAUAAGAGAUAUUACCCCCACCUUUUUAUCCGAGAGAAGGUCAGUGUUUCUUCUUACUAUCUUUGGUUUGGAAGAUUCUGAGAAGCGUUUUGCACAAAUUCCAAGAUUGGUAAUGGGAGAUGGAUCGGAUGUUUUGAGUUCUGAUCGCUCUUUUAUUUCCAUGUUUGGCGGUCAAUACUUUCAGGUCAUAGAAAACCUAAAUCAUUUGUAUGGUGCUUUGCGCUAG